GAUUCAAUGAUCUCUCUUCUAUAUCACGUAUUGUUGAUUUCACCAAAGGUCCUCAUCUAUGCCUGGUUGAAGGACAGCAGCAGCACCCGGGAUGGUGGUGGCAGCAGCAACAACAGCUGGGAUGGUGGCAGCAGCCGGGAUGGUCGUAGCAGCAGCAGCAGACGCAGGAGGAGCCAUCUGUCUCUUCUCAGUGGUGGCCUGUAUAUUCUUGCUCCACCUUUACACCGCCGAAGGGUUCCGCCUCCGCCGCCGCCCAGACAUCCUCAGCGCCGCCGAUCAAGAAGUGGGCAUAAGGGGUCUGGACCCAUCAGUACUAAAAACCAUACCAGAAGUUGACUUCAGCUCCAAAGAUUUCAAAGAAGAGGGCUUGGAAUGUGCAGUGUGUCUGUGUGAGGUGUGUGAGGGUGAAAAGGCAAGAUUUUUGCCCAAAUGUGACCAUGGGUAUCAUGUGGGCUGUAUUGACCAAUGGUUUCAAUCACAUUCCACUUGCCCUCUCUGCAGAAACCCGAUCCCAAACCCGAAUCCACCUUCGGGUCCCGUACCCGGAGGAGAAGUAGGAGGAUCUCCAAACUUUCCCACCAAUGUGUUGUUUUGGGGAGAUGAGACUCAAGUCAGCACCUUUUCAUGUCCCACAUUGGAAGAACGUGUUCCUUCUCCGGUUCCGUGUUCAUCCUCGGCUGCAAUUGAUAUUCCUAGGCAGAGCCUUGAGGAGUUCGGGCAAAAACCGACUGUGAUCACGAGAUUGAGAUCAUUCAAGAGGCUAUUGAUGAUGAAGAGAAGGGAAAUGGGGCUCAUAGUAGAUGUAGAACAAGGUGGCCUAAGCCAAUGAGUGUAAUUUUUUGGGACAUUUUAGUCUUAGCCUGUGAUGUUUUCAUUGAUUCUUGAGUAUUCUGGUCAUGAACAAGACAAACUUUGUACAUUUCUGUACACAAAAUAGUGUUUUCUUCAAUUCCAUUUGAAGGGUGCACACAAAUAGAUGAUGAAGAUAAAACCCCCCCAAAAAAAAUCCCUCCGUCCCUCUAAGAUGUUCUCAUUUUGACUUUUGGUGGUUUUUAAGGAUAGUUGAAAAAAGGUGAAAGUUUAUCAUAAUACCCUUAAUGAAAAAUGGGUGGAGUGUAUUAAAUGAGGUGGGUGAGGUGUAAUAAAUAAAGUAAGUGGGG